GAGCAUGACGUAGUUUUCGGCUCUGACACCAAUGUUGGGACGCUUUUGAAAGAAAGCCCUGCCCUUUUGAACCAAUGCAAAUACACCAUUGCGGUCGUUAAAGACACUCUCCGCCUCUACCCUCCAGCAACUUCGCUUCGCCAAGGUCGCCCCGGAGUAUUGAUUAUCGACAAACUAGGCAAUAUCUACCCCACGGAAGGCUUGGCAACAACUCUCAUGAACCAUUUUGUUCAUCGAAACCCACGAGUUUGGACAAGACCCAAUGAAUUCCUUCCUGAGCAUUGGCUUGUUGAACUUAGACAUGACCUAAAUAGUUCUCAGAGUUCCAGUGCCUACCGCCCCUUUGAGCAAGGACCAAGGAACUGCAUUGGCCAAGCUCUGGCUCACAACGACAUGUGCAUUGUUCAGAUCUUAACGGCAAGGACGUUUGAUAUUGUGCCGGCGUACGGUGAGUGGGACUUGAUGCAACUAAAGAACAAAGGAAUUAUUUCGAAGCUAGCGCUGCUACUGGGUCUAAAAGCAGAAGUUGGAAAAGCGGUGAUGGGAGAGAGAGCUUAUCAAACAUCGAGGUCGGGUGCGCACCCUGCUGGUGGGUGUCCAUGCCGUGUUUUACUAACAAAACACUCGUUGGUAGCUCCGGUGUGA